UUUGGUCAUCUCUAUGGUAGGAAGGGUAACGAGGACAAAGGACAGAGCGGCGCCACUUUAUCCGCCCCAGGUUUGUUUGUUUUAGACUACAGCUCCCAGAAGUCCUGGCUGUUGGCCAAGAUGGCUGGGGCUUCUGGGAGUUGAAGUAUUUUUUAAAAAACCCUCAACAUCCUGGAGGACCAACGUCUGGGAAGUCUUCACGGGUAAAAGAUUUUUUCAACGUGUGGAGGCCUAUGGAUGAAGGAACCACAACAACAACUUCUGAAGCUCUCUUCUCCUUUGGAGUCAUAGCAGAUAUUCAGUAUGCCGAUCUAGAGGAUGGCUAUGAUUUCCUAGGAAUCCAGAAGAGAUACUAUAGACAUAGCCUAUGCCAUCUCCAGAAGGCAAUUGAAGAAUGGAAUGGAAGCGAGGUUCAGUUUGUAUUACAGCUUGGAGACAUCAUUGAUGGCUUCAACGCCCAAUACAAGAUGUCAGAGCGAGCACUGGAAACAGUAACGAAGGAAUUUCAGAAGCUCAAGGCUCCAGUCCAUCACGUAUGGGGCAACCAUGAACUCUACAACUUCAGCAGAGACCGUCUGAUGCAAUCGCUACUGAACACCAAGUACUUAGAAGACCAAACUUUACUGAGCAGUCUUAUCAGUGAUGAAAGGUCUACUGAAGAGACUGCUUCAGAGUUCUGUUAUGCUUAUCAGUUCUGCCCAAUGCCUAAAUUUCGAUUUAUUCUUCUUGAUGCUUAUGAUUUAAGUACUUUGGGGAGAGACACGUCCAGCAAAAAAUAUCAAGAUUCUCUGUGUCUACUGCGACAGAAAAAUAAAAAUGAGAAUCUGAAUAGUCCAGAAGAUCUUGUUGAAUGUCAGUUUGUUCAGUUCAAUGGAGGAUUCAGUCAAGACCAGCUAACCUGGCUUGAUGAAGUUCUUACACAUGCUGACAAAAAUCAUGAGAAAGUUGUGAUUGUGGGGCAUCUUCCCAUUCAUCCACAUGCUACAAACUGUGUCUGCCUUGCUUGGAAUUAUAAAGAGGCUCUUUCCGUCAUCCACUCACAUCACUCUGUGGUGUGUUUUCUUGCAGGCCACCUCCAUUAUGGUAGCUACUGUUUAGACUCUCAUGGAGUCCAUCAUCUUACUCUUGAAGGGAUCAUAGCAACCCCUCCAGAGAGAAAUGCUUUUGGAACUAUAUAUGUCUAUAAUGACAGAAUGUUAUUAAAAGGUAAUGGAAGCAUACCAGAUCGAGAAAUGGUUUACAAAUCUCAUCAUCAUAACUCUUUGUUGUAAACUGUAAUACUGUUUUAUUCAUCUGGUUUACAAAUUACUUUACUCUGCUGUUCUUAAUUGAAAACAUUUCAAAAUAUUGAUUUCUAAAAUA